AAUUUCAACAAAAAAUGGCUACAUAGGUAACAAAUAUGAGGGAGAUCACUUACGCCAAAUACUUUUACAAAAUUAUGUAAUCAUUGUUAGAUUUGGCUCAAAUUAGCAGCGCGAUGACGUCACGCUCUCUUUUAUUAACGUCCCGUUUUAAAGAUUUGGCAAACGCGCUCUGAUUGGCUGCUCGGCACCACGUGACUAACUGUCGCGCGAAGUAUGUGAGCUCGCGCUUGACGAGAAGCUACGGAGUGGACUUGUACCGAGACAGACGCCUUUUUUUUUUCUUCGUCUUUUAUGUUUGGUCGUGCUUGUGUGGACCACAAAAGUUUCUCGAGGGGGACCGAGGAAAGUCAGCCGCCGGGCCGUAGGGCAAUACCCGACUCAAGCGGGUAAUUUAAAGGGUUUUUUAGGGGGGGGGGGUGCCUUUUUCUUCUCAUUCGGUCGGUCACUUCUUCAACGUGGUGGGCUGGAUUUUUUUUUUUUUUAAACAUAGCCUGUUCGAGGCUAGCGGACUACGCGAAAAACUUUUUUUUUUUUUUUAAACGUGGUUAGUGGAUUACCUUCACCCAAGGUAGUUUAAACGUGGACUUUUGGGGAAAAAAAAGGUAAAAGUAGUGCUGGUUUAUUUUUCGACGAACAUUUUUAACAGAGAGAAAACAAACUUUGCUAGCAUGAUGCGCUGCGGUAGCCGUUGGCAGGAUUCACCGUCGUCCAAAGCGCGACCCGUCCGCCAGAAACUUCUUUUCACGGCGAGCGACGGCGAGGAUGAAUCGGUCGAGGACGUCAACGAGUCGGGUUUCAACGAUUUGGAUUCCCCCACGGCGAUGCAAACCAGCGCCGUCGACACGACGUCGGGAAGCAGUGGCGAUGGGAACUCGAGUGUACUGAGGCAGUCCGGGGACGAGAUGUGGUCGGAAGAGGGCUUUGAUUCCCCUUCGCAUUUGAUGUCCCCGAGGUCGGAACUCUUCGCCGCCUGCACGCCGUCGCCUCGGAAAGCGUCGUGGCUGUAUGCCGGCUCACCGGCGCAGUCGCGCGGUCGAGUCAGCGAGAACCGCUGCGGCUCGCCGAUUCCCACAUGCCCCGACACACCUCCGCACAAAACUCUGAGAAAGCUGCGGCUUUUCGACACUCCGCACACGCCGAAGAGCCUUCUGUCCCGCGUAGGAGUUUCCAGCGGGAAGGGCCCUCUAUUGAAGACAGCGGAACUUGCAGAGAAGAUAUCAAAGCCAAUCACAGAUAGUGACAGUGGCAGGAGGCGGCGCACGCCUCUGGUCAACUUCAACCCAUUCACACCCGACUCCCUCCUUAUCCAGUCAGCCACACGGCAAAGGAACAACAGGAAGAGGCCACACUGGAAUCGCUCCAGUGGUGAAGACAUGGAGGCAAGCGAUGUCGAGAGUGAGGAGGAAACUUUACCGCCAUCCAAGAGGAUCACCAUGAUGGAGAGCAACAUGAUGUCACGCUACGCCUCUGAGUUCCUGGAGCUGGAGAAGAUCGGCUGCGGCCAGUUUGGCGCCGUGUACAAGUGUGUGAAGCGACUGGAUGGCUGCCUCUACGCAAUCAAGCGCUCCAAGAAGCCCUUGGCCGGAUCAGUGGACGAGCAAAACGCUCUUCGCGAGGUCUACGCUCACGCUGUGUUAGGCCAGCACCGGCAUGUGGUCCGGUACUACUCCGCGUGGGCGGAGGAAGGCCACAUGUUGAUCCAAAACGAGUACUGCAACGGCGGCACGUUGUCCGACGUGAUAGCUGACAACGCCCGGCGCCUCACUCGCUUGUCGGAGCUGGAGCUCAAGGACCUGCUCCUGCAGGUGGCCCGCGGACUCAAGUACAUCCACUCCAUGUCGCUGGUGCACAUGGACAUCAAGCCCAGUAACAUCUUCAUAUCCCGCAAAUUGAGCAGCUGUGAUGAGGGUGACGACGAGGAUGGCCUCAACACCAAUGUGGUCUACAAAAUAGGUGAUCUCGGUCACGUGACACGGGCCAACAAUCGUCAGGUGGAGGAAGGUGACAGCAGGUACUUGGCCAAUGAAGUCCUUCAGGAGGACUGCAGCAACUUGGUAAAGGCCGACAUCUUCGCCCUUGCCCUGACGGUGGUCAGCGCGGCGGGGGCCGAGCCGCUCCCCCGCAAUGGCGAUGCUUGGCACGAGAUCAGACGGGGGAAACUGCCCGCUGUCCCCCAAGUUCUCUCGCCGGAGUUUGUCAGCCUCCUUCAGCUGAUGAUCGACCCGGACGCCACCCGUCGCCCUUCCGCCACCGACCUCAUCCGCCACCCGGUGCUGCUGACAGCGGCCAAGACGAGCGCCGACCAGCUGAGAGUGGAGAACAACGCCCUCAAAUGCAAGAAUGCCCUGUUGGAAAGGGAGCUCCAGAAGGCUCAGCUGGCCAGAGCCUCCGUUCGGGAGACGGGAAACGGCAGCAGCACCUCCAGGCUGAUUGGGAAGAUGAUGAGCCGAUCCGUCAGCCUCAACAUCUUCUGAACUGUUUUUGUUGUACAUAAGUUGAGAAAAAAAAAAAGUUAAUGUUCCUUUAACCAACACUUUGCAUUCGUGAGCUUGUACAAAGUUAUUUAAU